AUGGCUGAAGCAUUUGAUAUAACUGAUUCAAAUACAACAAUGACGUAUGUAAUUCGUUUUGGUACAUCUAAUAAAAUUGUUCAUCUUACUCAACAACAACAACAACUUAAUCGUAUUCCUUAUUUAAUUAAUCUUAUGAUACAUCGAUCUAAAUAUAAUUGCUGUGUCGCUAUUACCCUUAGACGUACUAUUAAAAUCAGAAGGACCGUCAAAAUCCGAACAAGAAUUAAUUCUAUUAUCAAAAGGUAAGCAAAACAAGAACAAAUUUUAGAAGAACCGCAAUCAGCUUGAUCAAGACAACCAAACGUCGAUAAAUUCAAAUAUCGAUCUAUUCCGAAAGCUCAACAGCAUCAUCAAAAAAAGUCUCUGCAAAUUUCUUUUUUCUUUACUUAAUAAAUUCUGAUAAACAUACGAAAUCUUUUUAAUUCUAUUUGAAUGACGAAAAUUAAUGAAUUUUUAUUAAAAAAUUCGUUACAACAAUUAUUUACACUACAAAAAAAAUGAUUAUCUAGAACAUAAUUAAUUAUUUUAUUCGAAACAAAUUUGUUGAGAAGGUACUUCAUUAAUUUUACCUUUUAUGCAAUCAACUUUGAAAUAUUUCAUAUAAGGACAAAGUGCCCUUAAGAAAAAAAUCUCACCAUCUGUAUCCAUCCUUUCAAGAUAGACUUUUGUUAUUUUACUUUUAGGUUUCAUUGAAAAAAAAAAUUUAUAAUCUUUUGGAUUCAUUCCUUCUGGAUC